AGAUGAGGUAAUGGGAGAGCUCUAAAUUUCAUGAACCUCAACAUUCAUUGCAGACUAGGUCGAUCUUCAUUGUGAAUUAUUGAGUAUGAGGAAAGCCCAAGCCCUCUACAGCUAAGCCCAAGAAAGUGAUAUAACCCAUGAUAAACUCAGCCUGCAGCUGUGGGAUGACCUGAACAGACGUCAGCUAAGCCUCAUCCCUACUGAGGCAUUAUGUAUAAUUUUUGGAAAAAGGAUUAUGUCCAGCCCUCCGGAGUAGUCUGUCAUCAUUGUCGAAAAUUAUUCGAAUUAACUAGUCAGGAUGUGUGCAGCGCAAAACGCAUUAUCCAUCAUUCCACCACCGAGUCCUUUGUUUCGUCCAUCAAAGCAGGGUGCCCUAUUUGUAGGGCUAUUCUGUCUGAAGUUGACGAUCCGCAAAAGUUAUUUUUAUAUCCAUUCUUGAUAUCAUUAACCGAAUGUCUCAUUCGUGAACCGAUGAAUGGAUCAGUGUACGACUUAGGCUUUACUUGGAAAUCGCCAGGAAUUCCUAAACGUUAUCGGAGAGUGUUGGUCCAGCGAUACGACCUUAUAAAACAAUUUCUUCCUCGUAUUCCCCCAGCGGCCGAUAGAGGGUGGAAUAAUCAAACGCUUGAAGUGGUGAAGAAAUGGAUGCGUUGUUGUCGCAAGGAACAUCCAAAUUGUCAGGCGCUAAAUGCUUGGAGAACAGCUGGCUUGGAUUUUCAGCCCAAGCGUCUGGUCGAUAUUGGGUCCGACAGUGGAAGGACGUGGCGCCUAGUUCUGACAGGGAACGACAACAUUUUCCGGAGUCCAUAUGUGACCAUAAGCCAUCGGUGGAGCCAGAAUCAGCAAUUUAAGCUCAUCAGCGAAACCAUAGAAGCGUACACGGCUGACCAACCGGUGUCUGAUCUACCAAGAAUAUUCCAAGACGCCGUUCAAGUUGUCAAGUCCCUAGGAAUUCGGUAUUUAUGGGUUGACUGCUUGUGCAUCAUCCAGGACUCACAUCUGGACUGGCAAAGAGAAAGCCUCGAAAUGUGUAAGAUAUAUACGAAUGCCAUUUGCAAUAUAUCCAUCACGGGCUUCGAAGACACCUCAAACGGCUUCCUAGAUCAGACAUGCAGAUAUGCACCACUACCGUGCCGGGUGCAACCGAGAUGGGCACCAAGCCUUCGAGAGGGCUGGUGUAUUUUGGACCCCUUUUUCUGGUGGGCGCAAGUCACCAAAGCACCUUUGACAAAGCGUGGCUGGGUUUUCCAAGAACGAUUUCUAGCACCACGCGUCGUCCACUUCGGGCCAGAUCAAAUACUUUAGGAGUGUUCAUCGCUUGAUGCGUGCGAGGCUUUUCCACAGGGUAUACCGGAGAUUGUCCAGGCACCACAACACACGGGCUUUAAAAGAAUGGAUUACCUUUUCCAGCAUGGCAUGCAAAAGGGACCGCUCCCUAGAGCGAGCUAUAAAAUCA